AUUUAUAUGAUUAUUUUUUUUUUGCUAUUCUAGAUAUCUUCAUCUAAACUAAUAGCUCCUCGUAAAGUAGUUCAUGCUAUUGAUUGUGGAAGCUACCUAGAAACUCGUACAUCGUCUGGGAUUAAGUAUAUGAAGGUAAUCUAAAAAUAACAAAUUGAAGGAUCAUCAUUUUAUUGGUACAUCAGAAUUAGUCGAUUAUUAUGAAAGAGCUGAGAAUAGAAAAAUUAAAUUUACAGAUGAUCAAUCCCUUUAUAUUACCUAGAGACAAGGAUAAAAUUUUGUUUAUACUAUACCUUUAGGAAAUGAAAUUCCUGAAAACUAAACGUAUGUAUUAGUUUUAAAGUUUGCUGAGGUAUAAAGUAAUAAUUAUCUAGUUACAUUAUGAAGAAAGUAAUACAAGAGUUUUUAGUGUAUUUUUAGGGAAGAAGGUAAUUCUAUAAAAUAUUGAUAUUUUCUAAUUAGUGGGAGCAUUUACUGCACAUACAGAAUAUUUAGAAAUUGUAAUAGAUGGAGGAGGAGUCUAUUAUUAAGAAUAACCAUGUAUUGGAGCAUUAAAUAAUAGAAAUGAAUUAGUUAUUGGAUUUAGUGCUAGUCAAGAUUAAGCGACUAUUGCAGCUUUAUUUUUAUUUAAAGGACCUUUAAUAGAUACAGAUUUUGAAGAUAAAGAAAAGUUUUAAGAAAGAUGGAUCUAAAGAAAUACUCCAAGAACUAACGAAGAAAUGAAAAAAUAAAAUGAAGAAAGAGUUAAAAAUAUUGAAAAAGAAAUAAAAGAAAAAUAAAGCAUACUUAAAAUAAGAGAAGGAUUUGGUCAUGAAAUUGAAAUUGAAGAAGUUAAAUAACCUUAAAAAAAAAUGGAAUGGCCUGAAUUUUCAUUUCAAUUAUUAUUUAUUUUACUCAAAACACCCUUAGGAGCAGUCCUCUUAGUUGGGUUUUUGACAGUAUGUUUUGUAACAAUAAGUUUUGUCUUCUUUGAUCCAUAUGGAUAAAAUAAAAUAAAAUAAUAAUAUUAAGAAUUGAAAAAUUCAUAAGAAUUCAAACAAAAAAUAAUUCCUAAAAAAUAAGUAAUUCCAAAAUCAGAUUGA